AUGAUAUCUAAGUUAAGAAGAAGAUGUUUCUCCAUUUGUGAGCCUUCCUUGAGCUUUUUGACCGUAUUUCCCAUAAUUUUCGGCCUAUCGUCUCUGUUUUCAACCUAUUCAUUAAAGAAUGACCGUUCUAACUUCUAUCACUUUGUUUAUUUUCAAUUGUUUGUUGUAGCAUUAGCAUUUUUGACCUAUUUUGGAACCUUUUUUCUAAUAAAACUUUUGAAACUUAGAGGACUAGUUAGCCCUAAUAUUAACAACGAUGACAAUGAAAUGGUUCCUGAGCCAGGAGCAAUACUUGGUUGCGUUUUAUACAUAUUGUCGAUGAUUUUUGUUCAAUUAAUACUUGGAGAUAAAUCUGGAAAAGACGUUCAGUUUAUUUCUGGGUUUGUUACUAUAGUAUUAAUGACUUUGCUGGGAUUAAUAGAUGACGUGUUGUCACUUGGCUGGUUUAGUAAAAUUGUAUGCUCUGCUUUAGCAUCUUUGCCAUUCUGUUUAUCAUACCAUGGAACAAAAAUUGGCCUUUUAGAAUAUUUACCAAAGCAAAUUAAUAAUGAGUCACAUGUUAGAUUAUUCACUUGUUUUUACAUCGCAAUUGUAACUAUGUUUUGUCCAAAUUCUAUAAAUAUAUACGCCGGGAUUAACGGACUAGAGCUGGGCCAGUCUCUUGUUAUGUCACUUUUCGUUCUAAUUUCAAAUUCACUGGAUAUAUAUAAAAGUUGUGUAAAAUAUGGAGGAUUUGGAGUAAAUUUGGAAGAGAAAAUAUAUGUGCUGUAUCUCACAAUGCCAUUUAUAGCGAUAAAUAUAGCAUUGAUUUGUUUCAACUGGUACCCAGCAAAGUUAUUUGUAGGGAAUGUUUAUGCUCUAUUCUCUGGGACGUUUUUUGCUGUUGUAUUAAUAAUGAGUAAUAUGUAUGAAUUAACACCUUUUCUCUUUCUGCCACAACUAAUUAACUUUUUUCUAUCAAUACCACAGUUAUUUCGUUUUAUACCAUGUCCAAGGCAUAGAGUUCCAAGGAAAACGAAAAAAUUAGAGAAUUCAAAGAAUUUUACACUGCUGAAUCUAUUUGUAUUGAUUUUCGGACCUAUGGAGGAGGAAAAACUAACUUUGACGUCGAUAGCAUUUCAGACAUUCUGCGGCAUUUGGGGAUUAAUCGUGAAAUAUGGAAUAAUUAAAAGAAUUUAA